AUGCAGUUACCACAAGCGCCUGUGCGGUCGUAUGAGCAGCCGUGCAGUUACCAGCGCCAGUGCGGUUACCAGCAGCAUUGUGGUUACCAUGAAGGGCUGUGUGAAGUCCACGGUCUGAGCGCGAUCAGCUGUCACUGUGAUGUCCCCCACCGCCCCGUCAUACUCCUGAGGCGGAGGGGGGAGGGGGAAGGGGGGGGGGGAAGGGGGGGGAAGGAGGGGGAAGGAGGGGGAAGGAGGGGGAAGGAGGGGGAAGGAGGGGGAAGGAGGGGGAAGGAGGGGGAAGGAGGGGGAAGGAGGGGGGGAAGGAGGGGGAAGGAGGGGGAAGGAGGGGGAAGGAGGGGGAAGGAGGGGGAAGGAGGGGGAAGGAGGGGGAAGGAGGGGGAAGGAGGGGGAAGGAGGGGGAAGGAGGGGGAAGGAGGGGGAAGGAGGGGGAAGGAGGGGGAAGGAGGGGGAAGGAGGGGGAAGGAGGGGAAGGAGGGGGAAGGAGGGGGAAGGAGGGGGAAGGAGGGGGGGAAGGAGGGGGAAGGAGGGGAAGGAGGGGGAAGGAGGGAGAAGGAGGGAGAAGGAGGGAGAAGGAGGGAGAAGGAGGGAGAAGGAGGGAGAAGGAGGGAGAAGGAGGGAGAAGGAGGGAGAAGGAGGGAGAAGGAGGGAGAAGGAGGGAGAAGGAGGGAGAAGGAGGGAGAAGGAGGGAGAAGGAGGGAGAAGGAGGGAGAAGGAGGGAGAAGGAGGGAGAAGGAGGGAGAAGGAGGGAGAAGGAGGGAGAAGGAGGGAGAAGGAGGGAGAAGGAGGGAGAAGGAGGGAGAAGGAGGGAGAAGGAGGGAGAAGGAGGGAAGGAAGAGGAGAAAGGAGGGAGAAAGAGGAGGGAGAAGAGAGGAGAGAAAGAGUGAGAAAGAGGGAGAAAAGGGAGGGGAAGGGGAGGUGCGGCGGAUGGGUGUGGAUGUGAGGUAA